AAUUUGGGUUUUGAGGAUAUGUAACAAAUAAAAUACUACAUUUGCGUCUGUCAAAUACCAUUUAUCUUGCAGCUUUUUGUUUAAAAUUAUAUCCAACUUGCUUUCGCUCGUUAUAAUCGCAGCUGAUGAACUUUGGGGCACCAUAGACGUCUUCAAACAGACCACAAGUAUCCCCAACCAAUGAAUAACACCGACUGUGUUAUAGUUACGUUAUAUAAUACUCUUUAUAUAUGUAACUAUAUUAUUCCUACUAGGGGUUUGUUUGUAGGUACCUGUGAUACAGAUAACGGUAUUUGGCAACACAAUCGAACUCUAAAUGGAAUGCCGAAAAAGUACAAAUGGAUCAAUGACGUCAUUACAUAAAACGUCCGCGAUGAACAUCAGUGACGUCAUUGCCUUAACUGCAUGGACCAGAGAACUGUUUUUAUUGUUGCUUGAUGUCACUUGUUUCUUUUUAAAUUCUUGUUUGUAUUGUAAAAUGGAUUCAAAAUGGUACGUUGACCAGUCAACCUGUUCAUGUGUUAAUUUUGCAAAUGGAAAAAUACGGUGGGCGUUAGAGCCUAUUGUGUAUGGAAAACUUGGCAUUAAAAUUAUCCUGUAAUCGUAGACAGAAGACCCUGACAUCUGCUCACCUAUGUAUUCGUUAAGAUGCAUCCAUUGAAAUGUCUGUGCGUUAUCAACGGAUUCCAUAGCUACAUCCUGAUCGUAGCCAUUGUCGAUGCAUUGAUCACUGUUCGACCAAAGACAAAGGAGCGACCACAAAAAGCUCUGAUCCAUUCUGCUGUCGCCACAUUGUUAAGUAACGGCGAUAUCCGUUUGGUGUGGUCCCUCGUCCACGACGCUGCCACCGCCGACGUCAGAAUUACCGUCUUCUUCCAGGUGGUCGGGGUCGGGGAUUGCAACGUCACCCACCCAGAGACGGUCGACAGCGUUCCAGUGGCGGAGAACAUCCACAGCGUGGAUAUUCACGGGCCCAACCCUUGGCGCGUCUACGACAUCACAGUUAAGGCGGUCCUUGUUGGCCGGGACGUUUCCGACAGCUUGCUCAGGACGGUGGUCACAAAAGAAGCAGCGCCUACGGGUACAGUGACUGGCGUAACUAUCAAACACAUAGCGACCACCACGGCGACGAUCACGUGGUCGCCGCCAUCAUGUGACUCACGGGGCGGCGUCUUGCUGCGAUAUGACGUCAUACUGACCAAGUCAUCGGCCUUGGCAAAGAAGGUCUCUAUCACCAAGUUGACGGUCAAGUUCGACAAACUGGUUCCCUUCUCACACUACUCGGUGAAGGUCAGAUACGUCAACAGGGUCGCGGCAGGUCCGUUUUCCAGAAAGGUCACGUUCCGAACUCAGCAAUCAGUUCCCGACUCUGUGACAAUAGAGUCUGCUACCGAGGUGGAGCAAGAUGUCGAGGUGACGUUCGCGAGACCAAAGCAUACCAAUGGAAUCCUGGUGAAUUACAGCAUUACGUACAGUACCAGCACCGACUUUGAUCACCCAACGACCUUGACCCUUGUGGUGAACCAGUCGUUUCCAGAAGCUCAUCAAAUGCUCCGUUUACGAAAUCUCAGACCAUUUUCUGUUUAUUUUAUAAAGGUCCGAGCCAGCACUGAAGUAGGGUACGGGCUGUACGGCGCCGUCGUCAACGUCACCACGCUGCAGGGAUUCCCGUCGGCUCCCACUUCUGUAAAGACAGUAUUUGUGAACGAGACUUGUGUUUCGCUGUCAUGGAAACCUCCAGUCAACAGCAAUGGCGAAAUAGUCGAUUACCAGAUAGUGCUCAGGGGACACUCAACGUCUGGAAACUCUGGUGAGAUAGUGCUCAGGGGACACUCAACAUCUGGAAACUCUGGUGAGAUAGUGCUCAGGGGACACUCAACGUCUGGAAACUCUGGUGAGGUGAGUAAAGCCGGGGAAAAGUAUACGCAAUGUUUUCUGGAACCAGACACCAGGUACAUCUUCUCUGUGACCGCAAGGAAUGGAAAAGGAUACGGUCUUGGUGCAGUAGUAGAUGCUUGGACCGUUCAUGAACCACCGCCAGUGCCCCGAUCACCGAUUUAUGUCGAGUCCUCCUAUUCGACAAUUUCCAUCACCAUCCAACCCAUUUUCCCGACAUCAGGUCCUUUGACAGCCUACUUGAUCCUAGUGGAAAAAGUGACGAAUGAUUCCAGAACGAAAUGGAGAAGUCUCCCUGGAUAUGUGUCAGCACGGCUAUUUCCAAGUGACGUGACUGGAGAAACUCUCUUUGUAAUCGGCGAUGAACGCAUUUAUGGAGGCGCUUUCAAUCAUGCUUUGGAGAGAGAGACCAACUACAGCAUUUACUACGUGGUGAAUAGUACAUUGAACGGCGUAACGAAACUUUCUUACGUGAAAAUUCAUGAACCCAUACUGACCGUUCCGGCAUUACCCCAUAAACAAGUCGCACUUGCUAAUAUCAUAGACUAUUUUAAAGACAACAUGAUGAUUUUAUGGAGUUUGUUAGGCAGUAUUGUAUUUUUGAUUUUCAUGGUAAUUAUAUUGUGCAUGUGCUGUCGAUCAAAGCGGGAACCUCCCAAAGAAGUUCCGUUACCUCCCCCUGUUCCAGCUCCAGCUCCAGUCGAGGAAGAGGAAACGGAAACGGAAUCGGAAUCGGAAACGGAAGAGGAAGAGGAAAAGGAAGCUGAUACCAAGUCUACUAAGUCUGUUCACAGCGAACGUAGUGAACGAAUUCACUUUCGUUUAAUUCCGAUGCGACGAUCAGGCCACAGUCACCAUCACCAUCAUUCACACUGGGGAUGGCCUGGAUGGCAUUCGAGAUGCCAUCACCAUCAUUCACAUUGUGGAUGCCAUCACCAUCAUUCAUAUUGGGGAAGAAGCUCAUGCCGAUGUCACAGUUGUCACCAUGGAUGGUAUUCCAACCGAUGUCACCACAGCAUUCACCAUGGGUCUGAUACAGGCUCUCGGUCGGCAGCUCCACGAACGCCGGCAGCCCCACGAACGCCGGCAGCCCCACGAACGCCGGCAGCUCCACAAACGCCGGCAGCCCCACGAACGCCGGCAGCUCCACGAAGGUCGGCAGCCCCACGAACGCCGGCAGCUCCACGAAGGUCGACAGCUCCACGAACGCCGGGCAAAUUACGUCUGGAGAUUGACGGCUUUUAGGGCUUCACUUUGAAGACCUGGACCGGGACACUGGAAGAUGAACACGUUCCUAAUGUAUACGAUAUGUCUGACUGUUCUACUAAACUCAGAACUAUGAUCGUAUGUCAGUCCUCUACAAGGGCGGAGUUAGGAUUUUGAGA